CUUAAUAUUCGUAUCCAUAGCGACCGUGAAGUAUGGCCGCUCGAUUAAUAGUUUGUUGCGAAUGCUACGCAAGAAGAUAAUCAAGUACAUGAAAAUUCAAGAAUCUUUGCAUUUUGUUCUAAUAGAAAAUCACAAAACGCAGGUUGUUAGCUAUCAGGUCGAAUAACGUCAUUCGAGAAAAUCUAUAUUCUUGCAUGUCUGGCUCACAAGAUUGUUCGCAUGCGGCCGUAAGAAAAUGCUAAUCUCAGAGUGACAUAUAUACAAAGUAACGUCCUAGAUUUACAAGUCUUUUGCUCCAUAUGUCAUAGGUCUGUUCUAUAUCAUAGAAUCGGAUUAUCGUAUAUAACAUGUGCAAAAAAAAAUGUCGAACAUAUUAUCGCGUAAUUUUCCAAUUUUUAUGAUUACAAUAGGUAUGAAGAACAUAUGCGAUGCCAUACACGAAGGUGUAUAAAUAUGUCGCAAUUGUAAUGCUAAGAUUCACUAUGUAAGAACGAGUGAACGAGUGAAAAAUUUCCAAGCAUAACAUAAGUGAAGAUGAAUCGAUAUAUAACUUUGAAUCAAUUGGGUGAUGGAACCUUUGGUUCCGUUGUCCUCGGCGAACGCAUUGAUACAGGUGAAAAAGUAGCUAUAAAGAGAAUGAAAAGGAAAUAUUAUUCUUGGGAAGAGGCUAUGAAUUUGCGAGAAGUAAAGUCAUUGAAAAAACUCAGUCACGCAAACGUGGUGAAACUUAAAGAAGUUAUACGAGAGAACGAUGUGUUGUAUUUCGUAUUUGAAUACAUGAAGGAAAAUCUCUACCAAUUAAUGAAGGACAGGGACAAACUCUUUCCCGAACCAGUAAUAAGAAAUAUGGUAUACCAAGUAUUACAAGGUCUCGCUUUCAUGCAUAAACAUGGUUUCUUUCAUCGCGACAUGAAGCCAGAAAAUUUAUUGUGCAUGGGACCCGAGUUAGUAAAGAUUGCUGAUUUUGGACUAGCGAGAGAGAUUCGAUCAAGACCUCCGUAUACUGACUACGUAUCGACGAGAUGGUAUCGAGCACCGGAAGUAUUGUUACACUCUACGAUUUACAACAGCCCGAUCGACAUUUGGGCGGUUGGCUGUAUAAUGGCCGAAUUAUACACAUUUAGGCCCUUGUUUCCCGGAAAAAGCGAAAUUGACGAAAUAUUUAAAAUAUGUUCUGUAAUCGGAACACCUGAUAAAGAAGAUUGGCCGGAAGGAUAUCAAUUGGCUGCGGCUAUGAAUUUCAAAUUUCCCAAUUUUACGCGUACCUCAUUAACCGUAUUAAUACCGAAUGCUAGUCAAGAAGCAGUUAUACUUAUGGAAGAUAUGUUACAAUGGAAUCCUAUAAAGAGACCAACAGCACAGCAAUCUCUUAGGUAUCCAUAUUUUCAAGUUGGCGACCCGCGUAUCAUUAAUAGUAAGAAAAUUGGUGUUAUAUCUCAACGAGGCUUCACCAUGAACAAAAUAAAUCUUCCAUCACCUGCGCCUAAACAAUACAAUUAUUCUCAAGAAGACCUUGUUAAUAACUUAGUUCAAUCGAGAGCACCCGAAAAAAUGGUUGAAUCGCAUCAGCAGACAGUUGCCUUGCCAUUGCUAAAUCAUAAUAAUCACAAUAAACAUGAUAAUAACGCUUCCAAAGAUGAUGAGGACGAGUUUGCCGGUCUUUUAGGGAGCAAAGUCAGUCCGGAAAACACAAGUGCAAUGCUCAUCCCCGAUCGCAUAUAUAAGGAAAAUCGUAUGAAUUGGAAUGUGAAUUAUCAACAACCUGAAAAUUUGAAGCAUGGUAAUGCCAAUUGGUCUCUACCAGCGUGGAACGAACCAUCGUCGAGGAUGUGGAAUCAGUCAAACCAGUCCAGUCAAAUGAAGAAUUCGCGCAAAGUUUCAGCGAAGCAACACUACCUCAGCGUGGCUCGGUAUGUCGCAGGCCAGAGCACAAAUUUGCCAUCCAGAAAUGGGGAUUCUGAUAUCAACCGAUCAAAAUUGUUAUUAAAUGGAUUCAUCGGUCAAACGACAUCCAACAAAUAUGAGGACUUUGCAGAGUCCUAUUGGGAAUCUAGAAAUAGUAUUGAGAAUCAAACAAGACAGCAUUAUCUCGCGCGAAAUCGUUAUAUUGCUGAACAAAACUUGAGAUUACCUUAUCCCAGCGUAUAUGGUACUCAAAAUAUCAAGACUACCAAUAAGCCCACGUUUCAACCUAAUUUAUUUGGAAACGUUUUCAACGCGAAAGCCAGUGGCGGACCCUAUGGCCGAACAGACUGGGCAGCGAAAUACCUCAAAUGA